UCCAUGAGCGCGGCUGGCAGCCGCGGAGCUGCAGGAGCUGGACUGAGGGCGAGCUGGGGUGCUGUAGGCAACCACGCACAGUCUUCAGGUUGUUUGAACGAGAGAUCUGACCUGCCAGGCCCAGCCAAACAGCUCUCCAAGGAUAACUAAUACCCACCGCAGAAAGCAGCCAGCGAACUAGGACCAAGAUGAAUGCCAUGCCGGAGACCCCUGAGCUCCCCGCCGUGUUUGAUGGGGUGAAGCUCGCGGCGGUGGCCGCUGUGCUGUACGUGAUUGUCCGCUGCUUGAACCUGAAGAGCCCCACAGCGCCGCCGGAACUCUACUUCCAGGACUCGGGGCUCUCCCGCUUCCUGCUCAAGUCCUGCCCGCUUCUCACCAAAGAAUACAUCCCUCCACUGAUCUGGGGGAAAAGCGGACACAUCCAGACAGCCUUGUAUGGGAAGAUGGGAAGGGUGAGCUCACCACACCCCUACGGACAGCGGAAGUUCAUCACCAUGAUCGAUGGAGCCACUUCCACCUUUGACCUCUUUGAGCCCUUGGCAGAGCACUGCAUUGGAGACGACAUCACCAUGGUCAUCUGCCCUGGAAUUGCCAAUCACAGUGAGAAGCAGUACAUCCGCACUUUUGUUGACUAUGCCCAGAAGAAUGGCUAUCGAUGUGCCGUGCUGAACCACCUGGGUGCCCUGCCCAACAUUGAACUGACCUCACCACGUAUGUUCACCUACGGCUGCACGUGGGAAUUCGGCGCCAUGGUAAGCUACAUCAGGAAGAUGUAUCCCCUGACCCAGCUGGUCGUCGUGGGCUUCAGCUUGGGUGGCAACAUCGUGUGCAAGUACUUGGGGGAGACUCAAGCAAACCAAGAGAGGGUGCUGUGCUGCGUCAGCGUGUGCCAGGGAUACAGCGCACUGAGGGCCCAGGAGACCUUCAUGCAGUGGGAUCACUGCCGCAGGUUUUACAACUUCCUCAUGGCCGACAACAUGAAGAAAAUCAUCCUCUCUCACAGGCAGGCUCUUUUUGGAGACCGUGUUAAGAAGCCACAGUUCCUGGAGGACACAGACCUGAGCCGGCUCUACACAGCAACUUCCCUGAUGCAGAUCGAUGACAACGUGAUGAGGAAGUUUCAUGGCUAUAACUCCCUGAAGGAAUAUUAUGAGGAAGAAAGCUGUAUGAGGUACCUGCACAGGAUUUACGUGCCUCUCAUGCUGGUUAAUGCGGCUGAUGACCCCUUGGUGCAUGAAAGUCUCCUAACCAUCCCCAAAUCCCUCUCCGAGAAGCGGGAGAACGUCAUGUUUGUGCUGCCCCUGCAUGGGGGCCACCUGGGCUUCUUUGAGGGCGCCGUGCUGUUCCCCGAGCCCCUGACGUGGAUGGAUAAGCUGGUGGUGCAGUACGCCGACGCCAUUUGCCAAUGGGAGCAGAACAAGUUGCAGUGCUCCGACACAGAGCAGGUGGAGGCUGACCUGGAAUGAGGCCUCUGGACUCCGGUGCGCCCAGCGGCCUCCUCGGGGGCCCGAGUCACCUCGCCGGCUGCUUCAGGCCAACCUCAAUGGCCUGGAUCUGACCUCACCCCAUCAGCAGGGCCCACCCACCAGGCACACCUGUCUUAGAGCAGGCAGCUCUCCCCAGGAGCUCCAGGCUCUCUCUGUGCUUAGGUUACCAGUGUCCUCCGUUGCAUUGCUAGCCAUGGUGGCAAGUGACCGGGUGCUCAUCCACCUGUCUGGUUUCAGCAUUCGAUUGCUUUUAAGCCAAUUAAGUCUAGUUUCCCUAUUAAAAAUGUGUCGGAACUGCAGUUUUGCUUUGCCAAUCAAAAGACUUUUUCCCCAAAACAGGGUUGGGUGUUCACGUUAGUUUUGUGGUGGUUUUAUGUGCCCUCGUAGACCCAGAAGAGAGCUCCCUGGCCUAGCCCAGCACUGGGGGAGAAGCUGGCUUCCCAGGCCAGCCUGGGAGCUCUUCUAAUCAGCAAAGGUCAUUCCCUUGAGUCACAAGCCAAGUUUUCUCCCUCACUCUCUCCCAAGACAGUUCCCCUACGCGUCCCUGGUGAUGAGAGUUACCUGGGGCGCUUGUGGAAAAUUCAGCCUCCCAGGUCCUGCCCCUUGGAGAGGCCGCCUCCACAAGUCUAGGAAGGGGCCUGGGGAUUUUCAUUUUUGACCAGUGCCUCAGUUGAUUCUCAUCACCGGGCAAAUUUGGGAGACACUGUUCUGCGAGGCCUUUAAAUUUAGAAACCUCUUGGUAGCUCCUUUUACUAAAAUGCAUCAUCAGAGGUAUCUCUUGGCCCUCCAGGGACCAUCGAGGCCAGCCUUGUCAUUGCCCUCUGUGUGAUUAUAUAGUGUCCCAGGCAGGGCCCUGAGCCAGAGCCAGAGCACAGCAUAUGUGGCCUCGACUCUCUGCUCGUGGACUGGGUGAUACUAGCAAAGUCCCCUGGAGCUUUCGUUUCCUCCUCUGUGCAAUGGGCUUGGGACCACCAGUGCCGACUUUCCUUGACACUCAGUGUACUGAGGAUUGAGGGGACAUCCUUCCAGGGGUCCCUGGAGGCGCUUCUCCCAGGCCAGGCCUCGGCCUGGGGGUGUCAUCACCUGCCUUUCUUCCUGCCCCACCCUCACCCCACCCCGUUUCCAUGUAGAGGUGGUGGUGGUUGUGUUUGUGGCCUUUUGGGUUUUGCGUGUUUUAUGGUUGGUGCUGUUUAUUGUGGUCUAUUUUGCUUUUUAAGCACUGAAUUGUAAUUUUCUUUCUUUUUAUUUAAAAAAAAACAAAAACAGAAAACCCAGGUAUCUCUGACCCUGGCUUUUGAUACCAAACGAUUGAAAAGUCAGAGCUGAGCCGGGAGAAAGGUGUUUCCAACUGAAGAGGGUGUUGUUUUAAAAUGAAAUGUGUUGCUUCACGCCCUGGGUUUGUGUUCUGUUGGCUUCCUCUCUCCAAAGUGUGUCUUCUCUCAAAUCAGAAGGUCACUGUAGGCUUCAAGUACCCCUUGUCUCCCAUCCUGAGGGCACUUGAAUCGCUAAAAACCCUGCACUUUGAAAAGCCCGCGGUUGCUAUCUGGCACUAGAUGGUACUACGGGUGUAACUGCAUGGGGACUUCGGACAAGCUACCCCUGCUGCAGCUUGUCUGACUCCAGGUCAGGUGGGAAUACAGUAGUGGGCACUGUGUGGCAGGUAAAGGGAUACAGGGAGCCACCUGAGCUGAGUGCAGACCCUCGUGGCUGCAGGUGGAUGUCAUUUGGGGACCUAUCCAAUGACUGUGACGGUAAUGUCUGGAACCUGAGAAGGUGUUUUCUGACAAUCACCAGAUGGUCUUGACCUAUGACUGCAAAGGCAUCCACGAUCUGACAGGGGGAAGACCUGCUUCCUGGCAGGGCCGGUUCUGCAAUGCUGUCAUUCUCCCCAAGCCCAGCAGCGUGGCUUUCGCCCCACUUCUCCAGAGCACCUCCAUUUCUUGAUCUGUUCGCACAAAUUAGCACUUUAACAGCUGCCCCUCAAUUCAUAAGCCAGCGUCCUGGCCACUCCUUUGUGACAUUUCCCACCCCCCAGCCUCUGCCAUCACCUGAAAGCCUCUCUGACCCCCACGGCUACUCCUCUCACUUUUCCAGACUCUGUGUGAACCGAGAGGGUAAACCAAGCAAUAACCCAGAGGGUCGAAUCACCAGCCCGGGAAGUAAGAAAGUUCCUUAGUUCCUCAGGCCCACAUCUCUCGGCCUGCUCUGACAAAUCAACUCCUCGCAGAGGAGAACACUCAAGACUGUCUCUGAGGUCACAGGAGGCCGGCCCUGGUCUGUGGGGAGAUUCUGGUGGCUCCAGGCAGGGCCUGGGCACAGUGUGUGUUGCCAGACAGCCGCGGCAUCUCGCACACAGGCCCAGGGGGUGGGGGCUGAAAUCUCCGUGUGUGUCUCUGAAUAGCACUUGCAUUCUGUUUGGGCUUGCAGGGUCUCAAGGGAAGCCCUUUGUUCAAGCUUCACGCUCUCGGGCAGGAAAUGAGAGUGUGAAUGUGGCUGCCUCACAGGAAAAGUCUUGUCUUCCCAUGAAAGCAACCACAGAGACACAGAGAGAGACGGAGCUCGGCACGGGCAGGUAGACAACGUUCUGUAUGGGGGCUGUCUUUGUCCCUCCUCCAGCUCUCCGUGCCCCACCGAUGGUCCUGUGAGGUCUCGCCUGACGAGUCAGAGCCUCUGGUGACUUAAAAAAACCCGAACAAACUGAACUCUGUAAAUGAUGUUAUAGUUUAAACUCAGAUCGAGGACACAAAUUGCACAGGCACGGAUGAUUCUACUGUCUUGUUAAACCAAAGGAGGAGAAAUGCCCGUGUUCCUCCUCCUGGUUGCACCCCUGGCCCCCUAAGAAAAUGUGAGGCGACUGAUGAGAAGUUGGUUGGCAGGGGAGUUAGGGUGCUCUGAUCCAGGAGCAGGUGCUCCCGGGGAGCACCUGUGUGAGGAGUCCUUCCCGCUUGGGCUUUCAUUCCCAGACUGCAGUCUUGGGGAAAGCAGAGCUUUCUGCGUAGCUGGGCGACUGAAUGGUCGCCCUCUGUGCAGCUGUGUGGCUUGAGCUGCGCCCUGCCAGCUACAGGAGGCAACGUGCGUGUGCUCGCUGUGUUCCCAGGCCAGCGGAUGUCUGAGCUGCAAGGGCUUUCCUUGCCCCGCGGCACUGAUUCUGACUUAGAGCUGACGCAGGGGUCGUGGACCCUCACGUAGAGGUGGAAGAAUGCACGGGUCUCUGUCCUCUAGGCGAGACAGGGAAUUACUGAGAAGCAUGUCACUGCAGCCUCCUCUCACAAUCAUCUGAAACCCGUUUCUCUGCCCGGAAAGCCUUAACUUGCCAUUGGGAAUGCUCUGGUCUUGCCACAAUGUCGUGGCAUUAGAACUCAAACUCUCCUGCCCAGCAAGGCUGGAGAGAAGCCACAGCCAAACCAGAGGCUCUCCGGUGGCCUGUGCGCGCGCCUCCUCGCGUCCCCCCAACCCCACCCCCAACCAUACCAGUGAUCCAGACCUGGCCUGCGCAUCCCGUCCCCUGACGCCCUUCUGUUGUCCUCUGUGCCCUGUUGUGCAAAGCCCCUUUGGCUUCAAAACAACCACGAAGGGUGGUCUGCCAGUGGCGUUUAGAAGCCCAGUGAUUAAGGGAAAGAAGAGAGCAGAGGGAGCUGCCACCUCUUCAUAAACUGGACUUGCUUUUGCCAACCUGUGUUUGAAACUAAGGAAGCAGGGACUGGCCUCUGCUGGCAUAGAGAAAUAGGGUGCCUUCCGAAGCAAAGGCCAUUUCCUCUUGCCUCCGGAUGCUGUGGCCCAGAAUCCUCUUGAAGUGGUCAGAGCACAGCUGGCCUGCCAUUCCCAGAAAGUAGACAGCCCCCCUUUGGGAAGAGUCAGCCCUGUGCUGGCCCCCGGCCCCAGCCUCCAGGUUUCCUGAACGGUUUUUGCUAGCAUGUAGGUGGUGAGUAGUGCUCUUUCAUGUCCUGCUCAAGAUUAAAGUGAAGCGAAUUCCUAGCUGGUGGAUGAAGUCCGACACUCAAAAUUCCAUGACAUUCUGAGCUUUUUAUAUAGGUUUGGGCCGGGGCCUCUUUCGUUUUCCUAAAGCACAAGUCCGAGUUAGAAGCCUGUCACCUCUCCUGUCACCUGGAUUUCUCUCUCCCACUGCCUCAGGAAGACCUUCACUGUACCUGGGCUUUUGACUUCUGCCACUGCAGCUGCCUUAGUCACGCCGGGGCCGGGGCGGGAGCGAGGCGGGGUGGGCCACCAGUUCGGAUCUCUCCCCAGCCUGGUUAGAUGCCCUUCAACAUGCUUCUGUUGGCCCACCUGCUUCCAGAUUGAUUUUUGGGAACCAUCACGUUCACAUUUCCUGUUUCGGUUUUCUUUGGUUUUGUUCGGAGGCGGGGGGAGGGGGGUCAGGUACCACCCACCCCGGCAACCUUGAAAGUGCAGCCCUGAAAACCAUGCCACUUCACAUUUGUGUUCUAGAAGCCUCCCUUGCUGCCAGAUCUCCGAGGGGAAAGAGGACCCUCCAGCAGCGAGGCAUUUAAGAUUUGCAACUAGCAAUGCAAUUUUUUCUAAAUAUGAGCAUAUUUACCUUUAUUAAGAAAUACUAAACAAUGGUGUCCUUGUUUUACGUUUUCAUAAUUUGGGUUCUCUUUUGAUUCUGUGUGGUUGGUAAACAAAGAUCAUUACAAACAAAAACUGUACUUUUGUUAUCUUUGAUUCAAUGGAAUUUCUUUACAUAAAAAAAUAAAGACUAAAAAUGCA